CUCCCAACGCGUCCCGACAUGCUGUCGCGCAUUUUCUCCCCACUAGCCUGUCCUAAAUGCCCCCGGUAGCAACGCCCUUCCGUGCCUCGCGUCGCAACGCAGGCCCGCAGUUUGCAUCAACCCCUCGAUUUUUCCUCUCUCAAACCCCCGCUUCAUCAAGACCAUCCCAAGAUGUCGAAUCCAUUGACCAUGAUGACUUUGAAUAUGCCACACCCGUCCCAACAGCGCGUACUUCCAAACGCUUAAGAGAACAUGUACCGACCCCGCGCCAGAGGGAGAUCAUCGAAGAUUCCGAGGCCGAGCCUGACGAGGACGCUACACCACCCCUGCAUUCAAAGGAGGGAAUUCUCGACGAGGAACCCCAAAGCAGCUCGCCAGGCGAACCAGGGGAACUCGAUGCCGUAUUCGAGGAAAUAUUUGGAUCCACAAGGAAUCGUACAAAGAGACGUCUAGUCUCUUGGACUAAUAGCAAUGAUGACACCUCUUCAAUUCUACGCAGCAAACCACGAGCCGACGCAAUCGCCACGUCCUCCCCGGAUCCUCCCCCACCACCGCUAGCAGACAAUCUAACUCCUUCGGCUUCCUACCAUACGCCAAAUAAAGCACUCCCAGAACAACGAUUCCGGAAACCGGUCCGAUCCGCCCCAGAGAUCCAACAACCCACCACCCCUGCAAGCAUCAUGCCCUCUCCUCUCCAGCCCCGUCGAUUUGUCCUAUCUGCAUCGCAGCUACCACCAAGUAGCCAGACUCAGUCCGGUAUUAGACCGCCCAAUUCAACUGCAACAACCCCAAUCCCACUCUCGCAGCGACGCACACCAGCAUUCGUUUUGCCCCGUUCUCCGUCCCCCACUCACGAGGAGGACGAUCUCACCGGUAUCCCCACUCCAUUCUCGCCUUCGUCUCGUGCGCUCCGGCAUCGUGGUGGCCGCCGUUCCGCAGCGCCCAACUAUGUGCCUGGUGGCAUGGCCGCGGAAGUGCGCAGCUGGAUCCUAGAAAUGGGCGCAAAACGAGAGCAACAACAGACGAGUCCGAGCUAUUACCAGAGAACAGAUUCAUCCUCACCGGAUACACGGAAAUACUCAGUCACUGUACGGAUAAAUAGUGCUCAUCAGACGGCUUUAAGGAGUUGUGGCUCUCUCGCGUUUGUGCAGGGCCACCCUGUGGAUACACUGGGGGUAAGUAGUGGGCCAGUCACUUAUGAUGAAUCUCAGUUGAAGAAUGUGCUUCUUCUCGGACCACCCCGACAGCCUACCCAUCAGACUCGCCAUGCAACGAUUCGCAUCCCCGAACUCAAACUCGGGGAUACUAUCGGUGUUUGUCGGGGUCUGGCUUGGGAAGUCGACCUGGGCGAGCAUCAAAAUGCUCAGGUCUCAGGAACAGACCUGAGACUCGAUGAUUUAUCCCCAUUAGACCGCUCGUACCUCCAAACCGCAGGUAAAUGGCACGUUGGGAUGGAAUGGGAACUAAUCUCGUAGACUCGCCGUAGCACUCAUGUACAAUACAUUACUAUGAUACCCAAAUACACGACGAAUGCAAUCCUAAUGUACCAUGCUCAACAUUCAGCCAUCGUCAAGAGAAAGAACCUAUAUACAAGCUUUUAACCCACUUCCAAUGCAACCCAAACGCCUGACCCGGCCUUCACAGCAGACAGUACGUAUGCAAUCAGUCCGCUCCCCCCUCCUUAACAACCACCUUCAAAGCAUCCGUCGCGACCCUACACCCCCACUUGACGACCUUCAUCUCCUUCGCAGAAGGCACAAUAUCCGUCUUCGCCACCACCUUCCUCAAGAAAUAGAUCAGCCCCUUCACAAUCUGGGGCGUCUCCCUCGCGCGCAGGAAAAUCUCCAUCAGCGCCUGCUCGUCCUGCUCAUCCUCCGCAUCCGCAGAUUUCUUCUUCUUGCCUCCCCGCUUCUUCUGGGAUU